CGCACGCGCUCCGUCUCCAGGCAACGAGAAAAACAGAGGCCCUCAGAGAGCGCCUGCGCGGCGAGCGGUUGGCAUGGGGUUGGUCUGGUCUGGGAAGCUAAGUGCUGGGGUUUUCCCUGAGCAGGAACGGUGCUCCAGAGCCUCAGGACCUAAUAAGCACCCACAGGAAAUAAUGAGCGUUCACCAAAUGCUUAUUGAAGGAAAGCUCUGGCAGACCCAGCACCUCUGUCUCUAAAAAGUUCAAGAGAAUAGGCUUCAGUCCAGUCCCUGAAUGGCUGGCCUCCAGUUGGCACCAUCUCUGCCUGUGGGCGUUAUGCUUCCAUAUAAUAAGACAGAAGCUCCAGGGCUCCUCUCCACUAAGCAAGAGCCCUGUGAAAAAGGUGACUCUUCUCAGCGGUCUUCCACUGGGCACCCGAGGAACAAUUUCCAGCAGAAACUUUUGAGCAACAAAGAGUUGACACUGGAUAAUAUCUACACUCACUCCAAAUGGAACACCUGCACGAAAGUCCGGAACUGCUCCUAUCCCCACUGUGUUGGAAUCAGCCAGCAAGAUUUAAGAAGCAAUCCCCAGGGCCAAGCAAAGGGUUUAUUUUACUCAUCAAGUCCUCAGUCCCAGUAUCCCCAAACACAUAAUCAGGAAUUUAUCUCCUUCACAAAGAAGCGAGUUGGGGUAGACCGGGCAUACCCACUGAAACCCGUGUUCCAUAGGAAGUCUCAUAGUACUGGGGAGGCUGGCAUUAAUGGGGACCAGAAUGUUUCUCCAAGACCCCCUGAGCCAAGAGAGUUUCCAUACAGCAGCUUUGGUUCAAGGAACUGGGUGCAUUCAUCUGUGGUUCGUGCUGUUGCUGCCACACAGGAGGAGAGGGCCCUGGCAAACUCCAACAGAGCUGAAUGGGUGCAGAUCCAAAGACUAGAAGCUGCAGGGGAGAGCUUACAGGAGGAAAUUCGAAGAAAAGAGACCCUCCUAAGGGAAAAGCUGAAGAAGACAGAGGAGGAACUCAGAAGGAUCCAGAAAGAAAAGGAACAGGUUAAGGAAAAUGAAAAAAGAGAGCUACAGAGAAUGGCACUCCCCAGGAGGAGAGUUAAAGGUAAUAGCAACACCGCAUACAGACCUGCCUUCUCCCCAGAAUUCGGGUCUGAGGAGGUCUUCAGUAGAGCCAAGGGAGAGGAUGAAAUUUGGGGACGGUCUCAAGAAAAUACUAGUUCAUUUCAGCUCUCUGAUUAUGGAAUACAGAAACUCAAAAGGGAAAGACUGGUGGCAAGCAAUAACAAAAUCCGAGACCUAGUCUCGGAGCCAUCAAAAGUGUGUUCUCAGUCUUCAGAAGGGCCUGGCAGUGCUUGGCAGGGGUCCACCAGCAAUCCGAGUUUGUCCAGGUCUCCAGACUCCUCGCUUCCCAGCUGUUCCACUGAAGAGCCCGAACUUGGCGAAUGUAGCCACUGCGGACGCAAGUUUCUCUUGCUCAGGCUGGAGAGACACUCCAAUGUCUGCAGCAGGAUGCAGGGUUCCAAGAGGAAAGUGUUUGACUCCUCCAGGGCCCGGGCCAAGGGCACAGAACUAGAGCAGUACUUGAACUGGAAGGGAUCGGCCUCAGUCAAGGCUGAACCUCCUCGGAAGAGCAACUGGAGACAGAAGCACGAGUCCUUCAUCCGUACGCUCCGUCAGGCCCGAGAGGUCCAGCAGGUAAUUGCCAAAGGUGGAAACCCCACCGACGUGCCUCCCAUCCUGCCUGCAGAAAAUCCGGACUAUAUUCAGUGUCCUCACUGCAGCCGCCACUUUGCUCCCAAGGUGGCCGAGCGGCACAUUCCCAAGUGUAAGACCAUUAAGAACCGGCCUCCACCUCCAAGGAAGCAUUACGGUUGAGCAGACAGCAGUGGGAGCCGCAGAAGGCUCUGCUCUCAUCAGCAGUUAAUGGGAGUAGAACAAUGUGAUGCAAAACAGAACUAAAACUUCCACAUCUCCCACAUCUGCCUGCAGAGCUUAAAUCAGUGAGGAGAGACCCAUCGCUAAGCAGCAGGGAGCUAAAGGAAGCCUCAGCUUCCCAUGAAAUUACCACCUCAGGCUGGUGCGCCUUGUUAUUGGCCUGGGAACGGAUGGGCGAAGACUCUCAGUGUAGUGAGCGGCCCACAGUAAAGCUCUCUUCUCGCGAGGCGGGCGUGUGGUUUGUGCUGAGUGCCUGAGUCUGCUGUGCCUUCCUGCCCCUGCCUCUGUGCAUGUGCCUGUGGUUCCUGUUAACUCUUCUUGCCCCUGCAGAAGAGUUCUGAAUGAAUCUCAAGCUGCUACAUGAGAUUGAGAUGGUGUCAGAGGAUCAUGAUCCCCCCCCGCACCCGCCUCGUGGCAGCACUUACAAAAGAUAGUAUGUUUUUGCUUUAAGGCAAAUGGAAAAUUACCCUUGACCUCGGUGAUGUGUGGUGCUGGCCGAAAGCCAAUACCAGUUUGUAAAGGUAGGGUGCCAGUAUAUCCUAAACCCACAGUGGUGUACUGUGCCAUAAAGGGAACCUCAUCUUUUUGUGCCUUGCAUGGUGGGGCUGGGAAAGAGCAUCCUGUAUGCCCCAGGAGUUGCUCUUUGCUAAUGGACUGCAUAUGUCCCCCCCACACACACACACAAAAAAAAGAAAGAAAGAAAGAAAGAAAAAAGAAGGAAGGAACUUCAGUUUCAGCUCUUGCUGGCAUUCUGCUUUGAGAUCGGGUUGGGUAUAUGGACUUUUAAACGCAGCGGCAAAGUCUACCAUCAAAGCAAGCUGGGACAUUGCCAAGUCACCUGUCCCUGCCCAUUUUACCACAGAGAACUUCUCUUUUAGAAAGUAAACUUUGAUGAAAAAGAUACUGGAUCUUUUUAAAGUUUUUCUGUGCAGCAUUUUGCGUACUGCACGUAGUCUUCACAAUGAGACCUUCUUUCAAUGGGUUUUGGGGACUUUGGGGGGCCUGGGUGGCUCAGUGGGUUAAGCCGCUGCCUUCGGCC